AUGGGGCCAGGUCUGAAGGUCCUUCUGUUCCUCACCCUGCAUCUCCUGCAGGCUGUGAAAGGCUCCAUGGUCCAUCUCAACAACAAUGGAUACGAGGGUGUGGUCAUUGCAAUUAACCCCAGUGUGCCCGAGGAUGAAAGACUCAUCCCAAGCAUAAAGGAAAUGGUAACUCAAGCCUCCACCUACCUGUUUGAAGCCAGCCAAAGAAGAGUUUAUUUCAGGAACAUAAGCAUAUUAGUCCCGAUGACCUGGAAAUCAAAAUCUGAGUAUUUAGUGCCAAAACGAGAAUCAUAUCACAAAGCAGACGUCAUAGUUGCUGACCCUCAUCUGAAAUAUGGAAACGAUCCCUACACCCUUCAGUAUGGACAGUGUGGGGACAGAGGACAGUACAUACAUUUCACUCCAAGCUUCCUACUCACUGAUAACUUGCGUACCUAUGGACCCCGAGGCAGAGUCUUUGUCCACGAGUGGGCCCAUCUCCGGUGGGGAGUAUUUGACGAGUAUAACAUGGACCGGCCUUUCUACGUGUCUGGAAAGAAAACUAUGGAAGCAACAAGGUGUUCCACAGACAUCAUUGGCACCAAAGUGGUCCAUGAGUGUCAGAAAAACAGCUGCGUGACAAGGGCAUGCCGUCGUGACCGGAGGACAGGGCUGUAUGAACCCAAAUGUAUAUUUAUCCCAGACAAAUUUCAGACUUCCAGGACCUCCAUCAUGUUCAUGCAAAACCUCAAUUCUGUGGUUGAAUUUUGCACAGAAAAAACCCACAAUACAGAAGCCCCAAACCUACAAAACAAAAUGUGCGAUCACAGAAGCACGUGGGACAUAAUCAAGGCCUCUGCGGACUUUCAGAAGACCUCUCCCAUGACAGGAACAGAAGCCCCUCCUCCGCCUACAUUUUCAUUGCUCAGAUCCAGACAGCGAGUGGUCUGCUUGGUGCUGGAUAAAUCCGGAAGCAUGAGCUCAGAGGACCGUCUUAUCCGGAUGAAUCAAGCAGCCCAACUGUACUUAACUCAAAUUAUCGAAAAGAAAUCUAUGGUGGGAUUAGUCACCUUUGACAGCGUUGCCCAAAUCCAAAAUCUCCUAAUAAAAAUAACCAAUAGUAGUGACUGCGAAAAGAUCACCGCAAGCCUCCCUCAACGUGCUUUUGGUGGGACUUCAAUCUGCACAGGACUCGAAGCAGGAUUUCAGACAAUUACCACCAGUGGCCAGAGUACUUCCGGUUCGGAGAUCGUCUUGCUGACAGAUGGGGAAGAUAAGAAUAUAAGCUUAUGCUUUGAGGCAGUCAAACGCAGCGGUGCCAUCAUCCACACCAUCGCCCUGGGGCCUUCUGCUGCCCGAGAGCUGGAGACUUUGUCGGACAUGACAGGAGGGCGUCGCUUUUAUGCCGGCAGCAGCACCAGCCUGAUUGAUGCUUUCAGUGGGAUUUUGUCUACAGGUGGCAGCAUCUCCCAGCAGGCUCUGCAGUUGGAGAGCAAAGCCUUCACUAUCGGAGCAGGGACAUGGAUAUACGGUACAGUACCUGUGGACAGUACCGUCGGCAAUGACACAUUCUUUGUUAUCACCUGGACGGUACAAAAGCCAGGAAUUAUUCUUCAAGAUCCAAAAAGAAAAAAAUAUACAACCUCAGAUUUCCAAGACGAUAAACUAAACAUCCGGUCUGCUCGACUUGAAAUACCGGGCAGUGCAGAGACAGGUACUUGGAGUUACAGCCUUAAGAGUAACAAGUCUCAGUUGCUAACGGUGACAGUGACCACUCGAGCAAGAAGUCCCACCACGCCACCACUCAUGGCUCUCGCUCACAUGAGUCAGAGCACAGCCCGGUACCCUAGCCGGAUGAUUGUGUACGCACGGGUCAGCAAAGGGUUUUUGCCUGUUCUGGGAGCCAAUGUCACAGCCAUCAUAGAAGCUGAAGAUGGACAUCAAGUCACCCUGGAGCUCUGGGACGACGGGGCAGGUGCUGAUACUGUUAAAAAUGACGGCAUCUACACAAGAUAUUUUACAGAUUAUCGUGGAGAUGGUAGAUACAGCUUAAAAGUGCGUGUCCAGGCAAGAAAAAACAAAGCCAGGCUAAGCUUAAGACAAAAGAGCAAGUCUUUAUAUAUACCCGGCUAUGUUGAAAACGGUAAAAUUAUACUGAAUCCACCCAGACCGGAAGUCCCAGAAGAAGCCACAGAAGCUCCAGUGGAAGACUUCAGCAGAGUAACCUCUGGAGGGUCGUUUACUGUGACUGGAGCGCCCCCUGAUGGCGACCACGCUCACGUGUUCCCACCCUGUAAAGUCACAGACCUGGAGGCUGAGUUUACAGGUGAUGAUCAUAUUCAACUUACAUGGACGGCCCCUGGCAAGGUCCUCGAUAAAGGAAGAGCAUAUAGAUACAUCAUCAGGAUGAGCCAGCAUCCUCCGGAUCGCCAAGGAAAUUUUAACUACGCUACUUUAGUGAAUACUUCCGGUCUGAUACCUAAAGAGGCUGGCUCAAACGAAAUAUUUAAGUUCAAACCAGAAACUUUUAAAAUAGAAAAUGGCACCCAGCUCUACAUUGCAAUUCAGGCCAAAAAUGAAGCAGGUCUCACCUCCAAGAUCUCCAACAUCGCACAGGCUGUCAAGUUUAUUCCUGAUCUGAGUACCCAAAUGGCUGUACCCAAUUUGACAGUUUUUGUAUUUGUAGCAAUCUUAUUCAUAUUUUUAAACUAG